AUGUCACAUUUGAUUACAUUAGCUACCUGUAAUUUAAAUCAGUGGGCCUUGGAUUUUGAAGGUAACAGGGAUCGUAUUCUAGAAUCUAUUAGAAUCGCUAAAGAAAGAGGGGCUAGAUUGCGUGUUGGUCCUGAAUUAGAAAUUACAGGAUAUGGUUGUUUAGAUCAUUUUUUGGAGAAUGACUUAUGUUUACAUUCGUGGGAAAUGUACGCCCAAAUUAUCAAAGAUCCUAAGACUCAUGAUAUACUUUUGGAUAUUGGGAUGCCAGUAUUACAUAAAAAUGUCCGCUACAAUUGUAGAUUACUUUCAAUGGAUGGGAAAAUAUUAUUUAUUAGACCUAAAAUUUGGUUAGCUAAUGAUGGGAACUAUAGAGAAAUGAGAUUCUUCACUCCAUGGUUAAAGCCUGGCGUUGUUGAAGACUUCGUUCUUCCACCAGAAAUUCAGAAGGUAACUGGUCAAAAAUCUGUUUCCUUUGGCGAUGCAGUCAUUGAAACGUUAGAUACUUGUAUUGGUGCUGAAACCUGUGAAGAAUUAUUUACACCACAAUCUCCAAAUAUUGCAAUGUCUUUAGACGGUGUUGAGAUUAUCACAAAUUCAUCUGGGUCUCAUCAUGAAUUGAGAAAAUUAAAUAAAAGAUUAGAUCUUAUUUUGAAUGCUACUAGUCGUUGCGGUGGGGUUUACCUGUACGCUAACCAACGUGGUUGCGAUGGUGAUAGAUUGUAUUAUGACGGCUGUGCUUUGAUUGCAGUCAAUGGUAAAGUUGUUGCGCAAGGGUCACAAUUUAGUCUAAAAGAUGUCGAAGUUGUCACUGCUACUGUGGAUUUAGAAUCUGUGAGAUCAUACCGUGCCUCGAUAAUGUCUAGAGGCUUACAAGCGUCAUCAUCUGAAUUGAAGUUUAAAAGGAUUGACCUCCCAGUUGAAUUAAGCCCAAUGACAUCAAGAUUCAACCCAUCUUUGACACCAACCAAAAGUCGUGAUAUCUUUUAUCAUAUUCCAGAAGAAGAAAUUGCUCUAGGUCCUGCCUGUUGGUUGUGGGAUUACUUAAGACGUUGUAAUGGUACUGGUUAUUUUUUGCCAUUAUCUGGUGGUAUCGAUUCGUGUGCUACUGCCAUGAUUGUCCAUUCAAUGUGUAGAUUAGUCGUUAAAGAAGUAUCAGAAGGGAACCAACAAGUUAUUUAUGAUGUAAGAAAACUAACACGUAGCUCUGAUGAUUGGAUUCCAACUGAUCCUCAAGAAUUAGCUAGCAAGUUUUUCCAUACAUGUUUUAUGGGGACGGAAAACUCAUCAAUUGAAACUAGAACAAGAAGCAAAGAACUAUCUAGACAUAUUGGGUCUUAUCACGUCGAUUUGAACAUGGAUUCCUUGGUCACUAGUGUUGUUUCUUUAUUUGAAGUUGCCACUGGGAAAAAACCCAUAUAUAAGAUAUUUGGUGGAUCUCAAACCGAAAACUUAGCACUACAAAAUAUUCAGGCUCGUUUGAGAAUGGUAUUGGCUUAUCUUUUUGCCCAAUUGUUACCAUGGGUACGUGGAAUUAAAAAUGCAGGUGGGUUGUUAGUUCUUGGGAGUGCGAAUGUUGAUGAAUGUUUAAGAGGUUAUUUAACCAAGUAUGAUUGUUCAUCCGCUGACAUUAACCCAAUCGGUGGUAUUUCUAAGACAGAUUUAAAAAGAUUCAUUGCAUAUGCUUCUAAAGAGUAUGAAAUGCCUCUUUUACAAGAAUUCUUAGAUGCAACACCUACAGCUGAAUUAGAGCCAACUACUAAAGAUUAUGUACAAUCUGACGAGAAAGAUAUGGGUAUGACAUACGAAGAAUUAAGUCUUUUUGGUUAUUUGAGAAAAGUAGAAAAAUGUGGUCCUUACUCUAUGUUUUUGAAAUUAUUACAUGAAUGGACUCCCAAAUUGACACCAACGCAAGUUGCUGAGAAAGUGAAAAGAUUCUUUUUCUUUUAUGCUAUUAAUAGACACAAGCAAACUGUGAUAACACCAAGUUAUCAUGCUGAGCAAUAUUCUCCUGAUGAUAAUAGAUUCGAUUUGAGACCAUUUUUAAUUAAUCCUCGUUUUACAUGGGCUUCAAAGAAGAUCGAUGAAGUUGUUAAACAAUGUGAAGCUAAUAACAGUAAAGAGUUAGAUAUCAUGUCCAUCGAUUAG